UAAAAAGGAGAAAGUUGAUAGCAGCCAUUGAUUUUGCUUUGCCAACACAAGCUAAUUUCUCACUUCCCUACUUCUUCAACUCCACGGCGCCGAUCCGGGGAGUUUGUGCUACGUUAUUCAAUCCUUAAGCAAUCAUCGUCUUCCUUUUCGAUUCAAAGUAUGGCAGGUUUGGCACCAGAAGGAUCACAAUUUGAUGGCCGUCAGUUCGAUGCCAAGAUGAGUGAAUUGCUCCAAGUUGACGGUGGUGAUGAGUUCUUUACCUCUUAUGAUGAGGUUUAUGACAGUUUUGAUGCUAUGGGUCUUCAAGAGAAUCUUCUGAGGGGAAUCUAUGCCUAUGGUUUUGAGAAGCCUUCUGCCAUCCAGCAACGGGGCAUUGUUCCCUUCUGCAAGGGGCUCGAUGUUAUCCAGCAGGCACAGUCUGGAACUGGCAAGACUGCUACCUUCUGUUCUGGAAUUCUGCAGCAGCUUGAUUACGGUGUGGUUCAAUGCCAGGCCUUGGUUUUGGCACCUACCAGAGAACUUGCACAACAGAUUGAGAAGGUUAUGCGCGCACUUGGUGACUACCUCGGUGUCAAGGUUCAUGCUUGUGUCGGAGGAACCAGUGUUCGUGAAGAUCAGAGGAUCCUUUCAGCUGGGGUUCAUGUUGUUGUUGGAACCCCUGGUCGUGUGUUUGAUAUGCUGCGAAGGCAGUCACUUCGUGCUGAAUAUAUCAAGAUGUUUGUUUUGGAUGAGGCUGAUGAGAUGCUUUCUCGUGGUUUCAAGGAUCAGAUUUACGACAUUUUCCAGUUGCUGCCAUCCAAGGUUCAAGUCGGAGUUUUCUCCGCUACAAUGCCCCCUGAAGCCCUUGAAAUCACCAGGAAGUUCAUGAACAAGCCAGUGAGGAUUUUGGUGAAGAGGGACGAGCUAACCCUCGAGGGUAUCAAGCAGUUCUAUGUGAAUGUCGACAAGGAAGAGUGGAAGUUGGAGACACUCUGCGAUCUCUACGAGACCCUGGCCAUCACCCAGAGCGUCAUCUUUGUCAACACCAGGCGGAAGGUCGACUGGCUGACUGACAAGAUGAGGAGCCGCGACCACACUGUCUCAGCCACCCAUGGAGACAUGGACCAGAACACCCGAGACAUCAUCAUGCGCGAGUUCCGCUCAGGCUCUUCCCGUGUCCUCAUCACCACUGACCUCCUGGCUCGUGGUAUUGAUGUGCAGCAAGUGUCCCUUGUCAUAAACUACGACCUCCCGACCCAGCCUGAGAACUACCUCCAUCGUAUUGGUAGAAGUGGAAGGUUCGGGAGAAAGGGUGUUGCCAUCAACUUCAUGACAAAUGAGGACGACAAGAUGCUCAAUGACAUCCAGAAGUUCUACAACGUCGUCAUCGAGGAACUCCCCGCCAACGUAGCAGAUCUUCUUUGAGUGCUGCCCUCUUUCUCUCUCUGGUUUAUUGUGCUUUUGAAGUUCUUAAAUUGUUAUAGCUAGUUUGCUUUUUGCUUCAUGUUCCUUUUCUACUAUUUAUUUUUGCAUAGAUAUAUGCAUUCAGCAUAUCGUUUGGGUGUACAUAUAUACUAUUGCAAUUUUGUCUGUAGGUAUUUCUGUAACGUAUUUAAACUCUUUGCUCCAAAUUUUGGUCACAUCUUAUUUUACUUUUUAUCAAUCAUUCAUUUUUGUCCUUGCAA